UCCACUGAUCUCCGAGGCUCCAAGGGACAGAGGCCAUGGAUAACAAGGCGGCGCUGGAGGUUCUGAACAACUGGUCUUGUGGCCCGAGCGAAGACCAGUUGGGCAAGUUCGGUGCGGAGACCAGACACCCAGCGGCGGGGAGGAACACGAUCCCCGAGGUACCUCCCUUGGAUUGUUCGCAGACUUCAUCAAACAACCUUGAAAUUCUAUGGGACUGCGACAGCUCCCACAGGGAAAAAGAUUAUGGUGAGGGAUGGUCCACCGACGAGGAGAUGAUUGAUCGGCUAUGGGAGUCUCCGACAAAGAUAACUCCAUUAUCCAAGAAGAAGAAACUAGAGUGGCAAUAUAUGGAGAACUUCACCGAUGAGUUCCGAGGACCAGACUGUAAAGUGUCUGGGAUACCGAAGCAAGCAUGCCGGCAUGCCAAAAUAUCAGGACAAGAAUCAUCUUCUGCAGCACUAUCAAUCAAGCAUGUACUUCCAACUCCUUUGCAACAAUAUAAAGCAGCAAGAGCAACCAAUAACGAUCACAAGGAGUCCAUCAUGGAUCUGUACCGCGGUGUGGACAUGCUAUACCACUUUAUGAGAGAUUGUGAUGAGAAGCUCGAGAAUCUCCAUAAAAAAGUCAUGGUGCUUUGCCAAGCCGUCAAGAAGAAAGUAGAGUGGCAAUAUGUGGUGAACUUCACUGAUGAGUUGCCUGGACCAGACUGCAAAGUGUCUGGGCUACCAAAGCAACCAUGCAGGCAAGACAAAAUAUCAGGAGAACGGCCCUCGUCUACAACACAAUCUAUCAAGCAUGUACUUCCAACUCCUUCCCAAGAAUACAAAGUAGCAAGAGCAACAAAUCAAGAUCAGACGGGUUCCAUAAUAGAUCUUUACCACAGUGUGGACAUGCUAUACCACUUUAUAAGAGAUUGUGAUGAGAAGCUCGAGUAUCUCCAAAAAACAGUUGUGGUGCUUGGUCAAGCCGUCGCCAACUCUGCACUACCACCACCAUCCAAGGAUCAAGCGUAAUUUAUGGCAUUCGGCACCUCCCAAGCUUGGUUGAGGUUUGCCUCAGUAAUCGUGCAUGCCUAUUUACUUUAUCUUGCAAAAAUGAUGUCUCUCUUUAGUACCUGCAUCUUUAUUUUCUGAUUUUUUUAUUUUGCAAGUCUGCUAUCAUCUGUCUAGAAAAAUUAUAUGGUUGUAUCCAUUGA